GUGACGAAAUUUUGACGCGCCGUCGCACAGCGAUUGUGUCACUUUUUCGCGAAGAGCCUGCAUCUGUCUUACUGUUCAUGUUAGAAAUUAUGUAUGAAUAAAGAAAAGAAGGCUUGACUAAGGUACUCAAAUGAGAAUCAUUAAUCCCGAGGCGCCGGACAUGGUCGAGUCUGUCCCGUCAGAUGCGGAGAGGAAAAGGGUCACCUGCGACGGGGAGCGGGGUACGGUGCGCUAUGUGGGCGCCGUGCCUCCCACCACAGGUGUGUGGCUCGGUGUGGAGUGGGACAACCCAGAACGAGGAAAACACGAUGGCAGACAUGAAGGAGUUCAGUAUUUCACAUGCAGACAUCCAACUGGCGGCUCCUUCAUCCGUCCACAAAAAGCCAGCUUUGGUGUUACCUACCUGGUGGCAAUGAGGCAGCGGUAUGAGGUGGAUUUGGAUGCCAUCACUGGAGAGCAACUCAAGAUUUCUACCAGGACAGUGGAGAUGAUUGGAUUUGAAGCUGUCUCUGAAAAACAGAAAGUAGCAAAUGUCACGGCAGUGUCACUCAGAUGCUGCGAGGUCUGUGGUCCUGGUCCAGAGAAUGAAAUCAGAGAAAUGACACCCAACGUGCUGUCGCUGGACCUGUCUGGCAACCUGCUCUGCUGCUGGGAGGACGUGGCUGGUAUCACCCGCCAGCUUCAGCGUCUCCAGGAGCUUCGGCUGGGUGAAAACAGACUGAGUCUCCCUGCCGACCCCCACAGCCUGGCUCCUGCGUUUGCCAGCCUGAAAGUCCUUGAUCUUAAAGGCAGUGCCAUCUCUUGGCUAGAGGUUCUGCAGUGUGCCCCCAUGUGGCCAUUCCUGGAAGAGAUGUACGUUAGUGACAACUGCAUCACCGAACUGCAAAAGCCAGUCAGUGUCUUACACUCCCUGACUGUGCUGGAUCUGUCCAGAAACCCCAUUGCUGAUGGAAGCGAGAUCCUAAAAAUAGCUGAUCUCCCCAGGUUGGAAAAGCUCAACUUAGCUGAAACUGGGCUCUCGUCCCUGCAGUUUAAUGACGUAUGUCCAGGAGGCAAGACUGCAAUGUUUCCUGCACUGAAGAUUCUAGCAUUGGAUGACAACAAAAUUUCAGAGUGGUCUGUGGUAAACGAGCUGGAGAAGCUGGCCAGCCUGCAGCAGCUGUCUUGCCACAGGAACCCGCUGAUGGGGGCAGAGAGGGACUUCCAAACGGCGCGGCAGCUCCUCAUCGCCUCCAUCGGCCAGCUGGAGGCGCUCAACAAGUCUCAGGUCACACCGGAGGAGAGGAAGGGGGCGGAGCUGGAUUACUGCAAGAUGUUUGGCACCAAGUGGCUGGAAUCCGGGGGCCACCGCGACUCGGAACAAAACCGGCCCAGUGCCAAAUUCACUGAAGAGCACCCGCGGUUUCAGUUCCUCAUCCAGAAGUAUGGUGCGCCAGAGGACGGCGAACUCAAGCAGCAAAAACCAUUCGCACUGAAAAAUCAGUUACUGAAUAUAACUUUCGUUUGUCCUGACAUGGCCGACAGGACACCGGUCCAGAAGAAGCUCCCAGACUCCAUGACCGUGCAGAAGGUGAAAGGUCUCCUGCACCGGAUGCUGAAGGUCACGGGCUCGGAGCUGAGGCUCACAUACACCAGUUCAAAGAUGGAGGGCAGGGAGAUUGAGAUCGACAACGACCUGAAACCGCUGCAGUUCUACUCCGUCGAGGACGGGGACACGGUGCUGGUCCGAUGGUCCUGAUCAUCAGACGUCAGGUGUGGGGUGGGAGACGGAACACCUAGGAUUGGCUGGUGACCUUGGAGGAAGUUGGGAUCCACCCUGUCUGGGAAAGCCUGGCUUCGCUCCAUUUAGACUCUAACACAAUCGUGACAUUUACAGACUGGCAGGAUGGACUAAUUGUUGCCUGAACGUUUGCUGGACUCCUACCUGCCACGUUCAGGCAUUUACAGCCAUGCUGGUUGUGAGGGAAAGGGGCGACUUUGUACACAGAGAGACAGCUGAUAAAGGACUAGGGGCAUGAACAGACAGCGAGCAUAUUCAUAAUCCCACGCUCAGUAUGCUUGUCGAUAUUUAAAAGCACACCACCAAGAAGACUUCUGAUGUGUGUUUUAUUUGACAGCUUACUGAAACUACUGUCUAAAUGAAAUGUAUAAUAAUUAAAUGUCACGUCAGAAA